AUGCAAAAUGAACCAAUGUUUCAGGUCCAGGUGGACGAGUCCGAAGACAGUGAAUGGAAUGAUAUCUUAAGAGCUAAAGGUGUAAUACCAGAACGUGCACCUUCGCCCACUGCAAAGUUAGAAGAGGCAUUAGAAGAGGCAAUUGCAAAGCAGCACGAAAAUAGACUGGAAGAUAAAGACUUAUCCGAUUUGGAAGAACUAGAAGAUGAUGAAGAUGAGGAUUUCUUAGAGGCUUAUAAGAUGAAAAGAUUAAAUGAAAUUCGCAAAUUACAGGAACGUUCCAAAUUUGGAGAAGUUUUCCACAUUAAUAAACCUGAAUACAACAAAGAGGUUACUUUAGCCAGUCAGGGAAAGAAAUAUGAAGGUCCACAAACCGAUGACGAUAGCGAAGAGGAUGACAACGGUGUCUACGUAUUCGUUCAUCUCUCGCUUCAAAGUAAACUACAAAGCAGGAUCCUUUCACACCUUUUCCAGUCGGCUGCAUCCAAAUUCAGAGAAAUAAAAUUUGUAGAAAUACCUGCCAAUAGAGCAAUUGAAAACUACCCAGAAUCCAAUUGUCCGACAUUAAUCGUAUAUUACCGGGGUGAAGUAAUCAAAAACAUGAUAACAUUACUAGAACUGGGUGGUAAUAAUUCCAAAAUGAAAGAUUUCGAAGACUUUAUGGUAAAAGUCGGUGCUGUGGCGGAGAAGGACAAUAGAUUGAUAAUGAACCGAGACGAUGAAGAAUCAAGGGAAGAAAGAAAAAUGCAUUUUGCUGAAAAAAAAUCAAUCAGGUCAGGAAUCAGAGGAAAGUUUAACGUUGGCAUAGGUAACAAUGAGGAUGAUAACAUUAAUGAUGAUGAUGAUGGUUUUUUUGACUAA